AUGGACAGAGCACCCAGAGUGGGAUUCAAAGAUCUCUCUUGCGAGAUAUAUCUUCAUCUACAAUUUAUAUAUUUGAGCCAUAAUAAAGAAUCAUGCUCGAGACAAGAUCAUCAUACCGAAGGUAGCUUGUGGUUUUAUGCACCGAACAAGGGUGCCGCGAUAGCCUUUGCCAUUCUCUUCGCUAUAUCAGGUGGUAUACACGGGUUUCAAAGCUUCAAAUACAAGUCAUGGAAAGUGACCGGUCUCCUCCCAUGGUCAGCAGUACUAUUCACAGCAGGCUUCAUCCUACGUACCAUCGGGGCGUUCGGGCACUGGGAUGACAAGGGCAUCUUCAUCGCAAGCACUGUCCUCCUUCUCGCUGGGCCACCUGUAUACGAAGGUGCAAACUUCUUCAUCCUGGGUCGAAUGCUCUACUACAUUCCCUACCACUCCCCAAUCCACCCAGGCCGCGUAUUCACAACCUUUGUUGCGCUGGGCGUAGUGAUCGAAAGUAUCACAGCGAAUGGAGCCGUCCGAGUCGCCAGCUCAGAUUCCACCGUUGCAUCACAAAACAUCGGCAAAUCACUCCUCAAAGCAGCACUUAUCAUGCAAAUCGCUUUGAUGGUUGGUUUUGUAACGCUUGCCGCACGAUUCCAUUUCAACUGCUCGCGAGGGGGUGUUUUGAACUCGAAGAUCAAGCGUGCCCUACUUGUGCUUUAUUGCAGUUGUACGUUGAUCACCAUUCGCACCAUCUAUCGGACCGUGGAGUACUUCACCGCGGCGAGUCUGAAUAUCUACGAUGACAAUGAGCAUAUCAGCCCAGUAUUGAAAGAGGAGUGGUUUUUCUGGGUCUUUGAAGUCGUGUUCAUGUAUACGAACACCACGUUGCUGAAUGUGUUCCACCCCAUGCGUUCGCUGCCGCGGUCGAAUAAGAUAUAUCUUGCCACCGAUGGAGUAACCGAGGUCGAGGGCCCAGGCUACGAUGAUCCCCGUCAUUGGCUUCAGACUGUUGUGGAUCCUUUCGAUAUCUAUGGGCUUAUUGUUAACCGAGGCAGAAAAGAGAAGUAUUGGGAAACAAACCCAGCUGGGGAUUCCACCAAACAAGUUGUGUAA